AUGCAUCUCACCAGAUUUCCAGGAAGCGCGUUAAUGCAUCCCAGUGACAGACGGCUGCCGGCCAGCCCACGGCGAACGAAAAAACAUAAAAGGACGUAUUUCUUUCAGCCGACAAACUCCUUGGUCGGUGGUGAAAAUCUGGGCGCUCGGGAGCAACCGGAAGGUAGUUUAAAUCACCAAAAGAGCGAACCUGAUCAGAUUGAAAUUUCCACAAAAUUGGCCCCUACUACGAUUCCGCGUGAUCCUGUCUCCCCUCGCGUGGACGUGAUGGUCCAAAGCUCUGAUGACAGUUUUGACGGUAUAAAAUGGCGAACAACUCCACGAAAACCUCAGUUCAGAAAUGCCAUUUCCACAACCAUGCCAUCUUCUCCUCUACGUGAAAUGGCAAAAGACUUGAAUGUGGACUCGAGACAAGUCAGUGCUAAGCAUUCUGCUACGAUAACCGACGAACAGGCCAAUUCUGUGCUCAACAAGUAUGGAACAGACUUUGUCAACAUUUCUUCGCAGCCAUCUUCAACUCCAAAUUUGCAUAAAACCAAGUCGGAUCUUUCCGCGCCAACGUCUCGUGAAAACGACUUGAAUAUCUCCCCGGUACUCCAGAGAUCUCGUUCCAGCGGGGUCGAACGAUUGGCAUUCAAACCGAGUCUUGUAACUUCCAAGUCAAUGACCAAGUCUUUAACAAAGUCGUUCAACUCGGAACCAAAAACAGCAUCUCAGCCUACCGGCUCUACUCUCAAAAGCUGGAUUGACCGCUUCGACAGUAAUUUCAAGGACUUUGAUGGCGAGAGCAGUUUUGACUUCAACAAGCUGAUGCUUUGCCAGACCGCUGAUUCUAGUUCAGUUGAACCCAUUCCUGUCUCUGCUGCCAUAGACGCCAUCGACUUUAGUGACGACUUCAGUGACUCUGAGUUGGUCACUAGUGAUCCAAUCAAGGUGGAGGCCCGAAAAACCACACCGGAAACCGAAUCUGAUCCAUUUUCUUCCGAUGAUGAAGUAUUCAACGAUUUGGAAGAAAAUACUCAAAAACGCCUGCCUGAUGUACCUGCCCAAAUCUCCCGGAAAGAUUCAAAAUCUCCACCUUCCAACACCAGUUCCAAUGAUAUAGCCCUUGCUUAUCCAAGAAAAGGAUUGGCUCGCUACAAGAUUGCGGAUAUUCUCAAGUCACAAUACAAAUUGCGUGAUAGAACUUUGAACCAGUUGGUGAUGACAGUCUUGGACUCUAGUGGAACUACUUCAAAACUACUCAUUCGGGGCGAAGCUUCCCUACUCAAUUUUGAAUUAGGAGACAUCGUCCACAUCAUUUCUACCGAUAAUGGAAAUCCUCGAUUGGUCGAUGAUGAUCAUAACUUGCUCAUCUGGAAUCCUGAUACACUUGUUUCCCCCACAUCUGUGUCUCUGCAAUUGACUUGUGCUCGGAAAUCUGUUCUUUUGUCUCGCUUAAAUUUUCCAGGUGUCUCCUCGAUUCAUCUUAUUACCGGCACAAUUUUGCAUGAAAUUUUUCAGAGUUGUAUUCGAGAGGAAAACUGGACUGUUGAGUUUAUGUCUGACCUCUCGAACUACUCGAUAGAUCAACGUCGAAUCGAGAUCUUUUCAUUGGGAGAAGAGAUGAUGAACAACGUAAAGCACACUAUUCAGGAACAAUUACCAUACCUACGUGAGUGGUUUGAUACCUACUACAAAAAAGUUCCAUCUCUGGCUAAUUCGAUCCAAUCUGCUACAAACCCAACGACUGCGCCACGCAAAGCCGAAAGAAGAAAGACGGUGAUGUUUGCAGUUUCAAAAGCUUUGGAGAUAGAAGAGACCAUUUGGUCGCCAAUGUUUGGUAUCAAUGGUAAAAUUGACGUUACUAUUGAGGCCAAAAUGAGGGAUGGAAAUCAGAACCUGACGAUGCUUAUGCCGUUGGAGAUUAAAACUGGAAGAGAACAUAUCAGUCAUCAUGCUCAAUCUGCAUUAUACACAUUACUAUUUAAAGAUCGAUACGAAAUUUAUCUCACUGCAUUUCUCUUGGUUUAUACCAAGGAAAAAAUCACCAAGAAAGAAGAGAUUGGCAGGAACGAUCUCAAAUCAUUGGUGAAUUUACGAAACCAGCUCACAGAGUACUUCAAGUUGAAUACUAGAAAACUUCCAAAUCUACUACAGCUGUCAUUGUGCGAUAGAUGUGAAAUACAGCAAGCUUGUAUGACCAUCAAUUUCCUUGCUGAAGAUGGAACAGGUGAAGAUAGCGGGAUAGGCAUUGAUAACUACAACUUUUUGGUGGAUCAUUUGUCAGAAAAACAUAAACAUUUUUAUAAUGUCUGGGAUUCUGUCAUUACCAAAGAAGAGAGCUCAAUGUCUCGUCUCAAGCGUGAGCUAUGGCUCAUGAACUCAACUGAUCGGGAACAGAAAAAUGGCAAGUGCAUCUCGGACUUGAAGGUUACUGACUGUAGGAUCAACGAAGGCUCAGAGUGGUUUGAUUAUACCUUCAAGCGAGCUGAAACCUCACUGUUAAGUUCAAGAUCAUUUCAGCUCAGCCAAUUGAGUAAAAAUGACAGGGUCACCAUCAGUUCUGAAAACGGUCACUAUGCUUUAUCUCAAGGUUACAUUGUAAAAAUGAGAAAAGAUUUGAUUGUUGUGUCAGCCAUGAGAAAACUAAGUCCACUGGUCUCUCGCUCGUAUGCAAAUAAUCAGCUGGUCCAUUAUCGUAUAGAUAAGGAUGAGAUGUUCUACGGUAUGGGACUUGCGAGAUUCAAUAUUUUGAACUUGUUUCUAGUUGAUGGUGAUUCAAGAAGACGAGAGAUUUUGGUUGACAGAAAACCUCCCAGAUUCACCAACGGGGAAUUGAAGUUUGAGGCCCCCAAAUAUCUCAAUGUGGACCAGGUUGCGGCCAUUAAAAAGGUGAUUCUGGCAAAAGAUUUUUCACUUAUUCUAGGAAUGCCCGGGACUGGCAAGACCACAGUUAUAUCUGAAUUGAUCAAAAGCUUGGUGGAAAAUGGCAAAUCGGUGCUAUUGACGUCGUAUACUCAUUCUGCUGUUGAUAACAUUCUCCUAAAGUUGAAAGAUAGUGGUUUGAAAAUCCUCCGUAUUGGAUCUUCUUCCAAAGUUCAUCGAGAUAUACAGACAUUUUUACCUGCUGACAUCAAAACUUAUGACGAUUUUCAUAGAGCAUAUCUCGAGCCUCAAGUGGUCGCAGCUACUUGUCUCGGGAUCGACGAUAUUGCAUUUUCGCUUGGAAGGACUUUUGACUAUUGUAUUUUGGAUGAAGCUUCACAAGUCACAAUGCCUGUUAGUCUUGGUCCGCUUCGUUUUUGCAAAAGAUUUGUUCUAGUUGGAGAUCACCACCAGCUACCACCUUUAGUACAACAUGGAGAUGCGGACGUACGAGAACUUCUUUCCACCUCGCUUUUCAAAACUUUGGGAGAUGCAUUCCCACAAAGUGUUUCUGAGUUAACGUACCAAUUUCGAAUGUGUGAAGACAUAAUGCUGCUUUCCAACAUUUUGGUUUACGAAAAUAGGUUGAAAUGCGGUUCUGAAAAGGUUGCACGAAACUCCUUAGUUAUCCCUCACCCUAAUGCUGUGGAUCAACUUUUACUAUCGAGAAACACAUCCAAGAAUGAGAGAUGGAUGGACGAGAUUUUGGAUCCAGAAAGAAAAGUUAUUUUCUUAAAUCACGACAUGAUUCCCGGAUACGAAACUUGCAUUGGAGACAAAAUUGAAAACUUGACAGAAGCAGAAUUAGUCUUCCAGAUUGUCGAUGCGUUGACUACGUGUGGAGUUCCAGAAUCAAGUAUCGGUGUCAUGGCUCUUUACAGAUCCCAAUUGAGAUUACUUAUGAAAGGUCUUUCGGAUAAGAAAUCCGUAGAGUGUCUUACAGCAGACCAGUUCCAGGGAAGAGAUAAAGAGUGUGUGGUUAUUUCUUUAGUACGUUCAAACAAAGAACUAAAGGUUGGAGAUCUACUCAAAGAAUGGAGACGAAUCAAUGUGGCCAUAACUAGGUCCAAAACAAAAUUGAUCAUCUUGGGGUCGGCUGCAAUAAUGAAAAGCAUUGGAAUACUCAAUCGUGUUUUAUCGCUUAUCGAGCAAAAAAACUGGAUGCGUACUUUAUCCCCCAAUGCAUUGUCCGUCUAUCGAACCAGAGAGAUUCCGGAAACUCCACAAAAACCUCGUGUAGUCGUCAAUAAGGAGGUGUUGAUGAAAAACCACCCAAUAGCGAGAGAUAUAUUUCACUCGAGUUAA